CUUUGACAUUUGGAGCAUGAGUGUCAAACGUGAUAAGAAAUUACUGAAUCUCUUGACAUUUUGACAAAAUGAUGCGAAAUACUAUUCGAUGGGCUUGCAUUUCUUGCUAUAGAAAUGCAAAUUUGAAAACCAUAAGAUCAAAUAAACUUUUCAAAAUAAAUAAUACAUCAAUAAAUUUGAACGUCAACAAUGUGUGUCGAAGAAUUUCUACGACUCAAUCACUUUCGAUGUUUAUACAAACGCAAGAUACUCCGAAUCCAAAUAGUUUGAAAUUUUUGCCUGGUCAAGCUGUAUUAGAACCAGGCCAAACUAUGGAUUUUCCAAAUGUAGCUUCCGCACACUGUUCACCGUUAGCCAAGUUAUUAUAUCGAAUUGAAGGAGUGCGCGGAGUGUUUUUAGGCCCUGAGUUUAUCACUGUUACAAAGGCAGAUGAUGAAACAGAUUGGAAGCUAUUAAAGCCAGAAAUAUUUGCUGUAAUAAUGGAUUUCUUUGCUAGUGGUCAACCAAUUUUAAUCGAUGCAAAACCCACAAGUUCAGAUACACAAAUUAACGAAGAUGAUAGUGAAGUUGUACAAAUGAUUAAAGAAUUAUUGGAUACUCGAAUUCGCCCAACUGUACAAGAAGACGGUGGCGAUAUUAUUUAUGUUGGAUUUGAAGAUGGAAUUGUAAAAUUAAAAUUACAAGGAUCAUGUUCAAAUUGUCCAAGUUCUAUGGUUACGUUAAAGAAUGGUAUCGAGAAUAUGAUGCAGUUUUAUAUCCCAGAAGUACUUGGUGUCGAACAAGUUGAGAAUGAAAUUGAAACAAAUGCUGAAAAGGAAUUCGAAAAAUUUAUUUCGAAAAUGAAAGUUAAGGGUGAAGACUUGUAAUUUUUAGUAUAGUUUUUUUAGAUUUAUGAUUUAGAUUUGUAUUUUGUU